ACUCGACUCGACUCAUUGAUCGCAGGCACCUGAUCGAGACUAGAAUAGAAAGCCAGUGCUUCAGAAUACUUCUCUAUUAAAGCAAACCUUAUUCAUCUCUUUCUUUAGCUAAUGCCGCUGUGAAUUAUGCCAAUUCAACCUACUUCACGUCCAUCAACAUAAUGUGAAAUAGUUACGAAUGGAAACAUGAAAAUCACUCGCGUUUGUGUUUAUGCAUGAGCGGCAUCAUUGGUCAUUCACUGGCCCUAUCUCUCGGCGUACAAGUGUGGCAGUGAACCGUAGCUCAGCUCUCAGCAGCUAGCAGCCUGCAGUCACAGGUACUCUCCGCUCAACUCAGUGACUUUACAGACAGUCUCAAACUAAGUGUGAACCGGAUCGAAGAAAGAUGGGUGGAUCAAGAGCACUAUUCUAUCCUACUCUGUACUGGAAUGUAUUCAUGAAGAAUGUGACAUCAAGAAACUGGUAUGACAGAAUAGAUUCAACCGUCAUAUUGGGUGCUUUACCAUUCAGGAGUUAUAUCGACCAGCUAAAAGAAGAGAAUGUAAAAGGCGUUAUAUCUCUGAAUGAAGAUCAUGAGCUGAGAAGACAUGCUCCUACUGUAGAGGAAUGGAAAAAUCAUGGAAUAGAGCAUCUUCAGCUCCCUACAGUAGACUUCACCGAGGCCCCUAGCCUGGAGUACUUAGAAAGAGGUGUAGAGUUCAUUCAACAGCAUGCUAAUGAUGGUAGCAGUGUGUACGUACAUUGUAAAGCAGGGAGAACUAGGAGUGCUACACUAGUGGGCUGUUAUCUUAUGAUGAUGAACCAUUGUACUCCUCAGGAAGCACAGACCUUCAUGGAAGCAAAGCGCCCUCAUAUCCUGCUCAAAGACAGACAUUUCAGAGCUUUAUAUCGCUAUUAUGAUAAACAUGUCAAGAAAGCUCGUCCCAACAAAGACAAAAGAACAAGUGAGCCUCAAGAUACCUAAAUGUACAUGGACAUUGGACUAUUAUUUCUACAAAGAGAGGAAUUGAUCGAUCAAUUAUGUCACGAUACAUCAUGAAGCUUAUGAGUGCACUCGGUAUUCAUGGUAAGGUACAAAUGUAGUAUUCUGUGGUAUGCAUGCAACUCACACUGGAGAGUGCUAAGUUUGUGUGAAGUUUAUGAAUAUAUAUUUUCAGUCAAGAUUUUAAAAGGAAGCUAUUCAGUACAAACAUGAAAGGAAAACAUGGGGAUAGUAAAUACAAGUAACAGUAAUUUCUUUUUAAAAUGCUUGUUUGUUUGUUUCAAACCCAUGAGUUUUAUUUUCAUUUACUUUCAUGAAAGCAAGAUUUCUGACAGUAAGUUGUCAUAUAUUAUCUUUUUCUACCAGAGCUCUUCAAAAACCAAUAAGAGCUCUGGUUUGAACAAAUGCAUGAAUAAAGAAUCAGUACCAUUAUUAUGUCAAAAUCACUGUCAGAAAUCUCGCUUUUAUGAUAGUCAUUAUUAAAAAUGUUUGUCACAUUAUACAUUUGUGUAAACUUUUAUUUUCUUAGUUAUUGAGGGCAGAAUAGAUUAGUUUCAUGCAAGGUUGUAUAAUAACAUGUUUGCAGUAUUAUGAUUUAUGGUGCAGGUACAUGUAUAAUAGAAAUUUUUUUUUAGGGAAGAUUGUAAUUUCUGAUUUAAAAACAAUUACAGAGCAAAGGGAGGGGACCUCAAAAUAUAUUUGACAGAGUUGCCAUUUUACGUUUUGAUUGAUCACACUGAUCUGUUCCUUCUUUCUUCUAUUGAUAUUGAAACCAAUUUAAUAUCAGUGUGAACUUUCCUUUAAUAUGUGUAGAUUGUCUGGAGUAAAAUUUGUAUGUACAGUACAGCCAUGUCUCAUGCACCCUGUACACAUCGCCUGCUCCCCCCCCCCCCCACAUUCCAUCUCUUGAGACUAUAUAGGAUUCAAUGUGGACCCCCUCCCCUUCCUUGUGAUACUAUUUAUUGUGGAACCCAGGUACAGGAGAGACUUUAACAUAUUUAUAGGUAACGGUAUGAUGAGAUUUGUCACUCGACCAGACACACAAGAAUUUAUUUGUCAUACUUAAAUAGUAUACUAUGGGAUUUAGUGCUCAAAAUGACUGGUUGACCAUAUGUGACCAUGAGUAAAUCCUGCAUUACAUUAUUUUCAAGCAACCUAAAGGUAUCUUCCUUGCAUUCCUCGGAGGCAUGUAAACUCUAUGUAUGUCAUUGUCACUGUAAUUUACCAUCACAAUGUAAUAAAGCUACUGUAGCAACUAAGCCCAAAUUGUCUGGGAUCCAAAUAAAAAGUUAAAGGGAGAGACUUGGACUUGCACUUCAAACUUCACAUGAAUUUUAACUAUCCUAUGAUGAUAGCAGGACCACUUCUUUGUUUGCACAGCCUCACCUCAAACAAGUCUUUAACAGAAAAGUGACAGAUCUAGGUCACAGACGGACUUCCCACUGAGCCCAGAAUAUCAAUGGUACAGCAGUAUGGAGUUUCCCUUCAAGACAAUUGGUUACAUUGUAAAAGAUGACCUAAUGAUGUUUAAACGUCCUGAUCUUGUCAUCUCCAUGAAGUGAGUCGACCACCAGGCUCCUUCGCGCAUGGCUAUAUGUCCUGGUGGUUGUACUUAGUAAACGGCAAGUGGGGAUGAUAAAAGUACCUUUGGGCAACACUGGUCCUACCUAUCCACAUGUUCAUUGUAAGAUUUAAAAUGCUUCAAAAACCCAUAGGCCGGUAUUCUGAAGUUGUGUCUAACUUAGUCAUGACUAAAGUUAAACAACUGUUGAGUUAGACAGGAGUUAAACACAAGGUCGCGGUCAUGACUAAAGUAAGACCAGUAGUAGACAUGACUUUAAACAACGACUUAGUCUGGACUUCAGAAUACUGGCCUUUACAGUUUUUACUGACUUAUGUGAACAAAUCCUUACUGUUAUACAAAAUCAACAAUCAGACUCUCAGAGUCAACCGUUUAGACUAAUUACACCCUGUUUGUGGUUGUUUUGUACAGAGUAGGUCUUGUAACACCUCUGAGGACACAGCACUGUUUUAUUGUAUUUUCAUGUUAUAUGAUGAACAUUCAAUUGCAAGGAUGGGAUACUUGAUUAAAUAAGGAUUAACUUAUCAAUUUCAUCACAUUGUAGCAGUCUAAAUGUAAGUUUUAAACAUUUGAUAGAUGUUGUACAUAGAUCUAGAAAGGCAAAUUCUUUUAAAACCUGAAUUCACUUUACAGCAGCUUGCGUGGACUGUGCCUUACACAAUUUGCUACUUUCAACUUGAAAUGCAUAUUCAUUUUUCUUUCAGUGAAUCUGAUUGGUGGAAACAGAUUAAAAAUAGGAGGGGAAUAUUUUGAUGAUGCAGGAGUUCGAAAUGCCAAUUAAACUUUCAUAAAUACUGAUAUAGAGGUUAUUGCUCAAUUAACUGAGGGGCUUAAGACGAAAGUUCAGAGUAAAGUUAAGUCAGCUUUCAGUGCACACACCCAAUGAAGACGUUAGCAUAUACUUGUGACUAUAUAGGUAAUAGACCAUCUCUUAAUUUAAUUUAGUAUAUCAUGUGAGGUCUUCCAAAGGUUGGUUCAUGAUGAGUUACCUUUAGUGGAAUGAAGAACUCUUUUUUUCAAGUGUUUGUUUUCAGUCAGUUCCAAGCUUUACUGAAUAUCAUUUCCAGAUA